AUGCCUUCCAGAUCAGAAAUCACGUAUUUCGGGGCCGGUCCCGCUGGACUUCCCACAUCUGUGCUUGAGAAGGCCGCGGAGGCUCUGGUCGACUUUGGUUCCCAGGGCUUGGGACUGGCUGAGAUCAGCCAUCGCUCUGCACUCGCCACCAGCAUCAUCAACGAGGCCAAGGCGGAUCUAGCCUCGUUUCUCGACAUCCCAGAUGACUACGAUGUGAUCUUCAUGGCCUCUGGGGGAACCGGACAAUUUGCAGCGACCGCCUACAACUUUGUCGGCUCCUGGGUUGCCCGCAAGCACAAGGAGAUCGUCGGCGACAGCAACGACCCCAAAUUGAUCCAGCAACUGAAGGAGACUGUUGACAAGGAUCUCAAGCUCGAUUACAUUAUUACCGGUGGGUGGUCGCAAAAGGCAUCGGCCGAGGCCCAACGCCUCUUUGGCGAAGAGCAUGUCAACAUCGUGGCCGACAGCCGCAAGUCCAACAACGGAAUUUAUGGUAGCAUCCCAGACGAGAGCACCUGGAAUCUAUCUCGCGAUAGUGCUCUGGUAUAUUAUUGCUCAAAUGAGACGGUCCAUGGUGUCGAAUUCCAGGAGUUCCCCAAGUCUCUCGCGCCAGGCCCGGACGGAAAGGGCCCAAUUGUCGUGGCCGACAUGAGCUCUGACAUCCUCUCUAAGAAGAUCCCCAUCAGGAACUUCUCGGCUAUCUUCUUUGGCGCCCAGAAGAACCUUGGAACGGCAGGUAUCACCGUCGUGGUCAUCAGGAAGAGCCUGUUAUCACCCGCACUGCCUCAGCCCUCCGCGGCUCUGAUGCGACAACUGGGUUUGCCUAUCCCGCCUAUCAUCCUUGAGUAUGACACCAUUGCGAAGAACAACAGUCUUUAUAACACGCUCAGCAUUUUCGAUGUAUACAUUGCCGGCCAGGUGCUGAAGAAAUUAUUGCAAACAUACCCUAACAAAGUUGAGGGGCAGCAAGCCGUGUCCCAGAAGAAGGCCGACCUCAUCUAUGGAGCCCUGGACGCAUAUCCCGAGGUCUACAAGGUCUUCCCCGAGAAGACGGUACGAUCACGCAUGAACAUCUGCUUCAGAGUCACCAAGGGCGGCGACACCGAUGCCGCCGAGAAGGCUUUCCUGGACCAAAGCACCGCCCUUGGACUCACCGGCCUCAAGGGACACAGGAGCGUCGGGGGAGUGAGAGCCUCCUCGUACAACUCCAUCUCUCUCGAGGGGGCGGAGAAACUUGUCAAAUUCAUCAACGAUUUCGCAACAUCCUAA